AAGAUGGACUACAAAUCCCGAAAUGCCUUGUGAUCUGACCCAAGAUUUUGCCCUCCCUCACUCCUCCCUCUUCCCCCACCUCCGCGGUGGAGAAAGUCUAGAGGCGCGUUCUCUAGCCAGUGGUUGGCGGUUCCGUCAGGCUUGGACGUCGUCCUCCGCCUCCGUUACUUCCUUAUUCUCCAUCCCGAAUCCGCAAAGCGCCAAGGCCGCAGACAUGGAUAACGCUGGCAAGGAACGGGAGGCUGUUCAGCUGAUGGCGGAGGCCGAGAAGCGCGUGAAGUCCUCCCACUCGUUCCUGAGGGGGUUGUUUGGAGGAAAUACAAGAAUAGAAGAAGCUUGUGAAAUGUAUACAAGAGCUGCAAACAUGUUCAAGAUGGCCAAAAAUUGGAGUGCUGCAGGAAAUGCCUUUUGUCAGGCAGCUAAGCUGCAUAUGCAGCUACAGAGCAAACAUGACUCUGCUACAAGUUUUGUGGAUGCUGGAAAUGCUUACAAAAAGGCUGAUCCACAAGAGGCUAUCAACUGCUUAAAUGCAGCCAUCGAUAUUUACACAGACAUGGGAAGAUUUACAAUUGCAGCCAAGCAUCACAUUACUAUUGCUGAAAUAUAUGAAACUGAGCUGGUAGAUAUUGAAAAGGCUAUUGCACAUUAUGAACAAUCAGCUGACUAUUAUAAAGGAGAAGAAUCAAACAGUUCAGCCAACAAGUGUCUUCUGAAAGUUGCAGCUUAUGCUGCUCAACUAGAACAGUACCAGAAAGCAAUUGAAAUCUAUGAGCAGGUUGGGGCAAACACUAUGGACAAUCCUUUGCUGAAGUACAGUGCAAAAGAUUACUUCUUUAAAGCGGCCCUUUGUCACUUCAUAGUUGAUGAAUUGAACGCUAAGCUUGCUCUCGAAAAAUAUGAAGAAAUGUUUCCAGCAUUUACUGAUUCUAGGGAAUGCAAAUUAUUAAAAAAACUGCUAGAAGCUCAUGAGGAACAGAACAGUGAAGCUUAUACUGAAGCAAAAGACCUGAACUUAACAAAAGAUUUGACAUACAAAAUCCAAAAGAAAUAUAAGGUUAAAGAAUUUGAUUCAAUAUCUCGCUUGGAUCAGUGGCUUACUACUAUGUUACUUCGUAUCAAAAAGUCAAUUCAAGGAGAUGGAGAAGUGGAUGGAGACCUGAAGUGAAUUGCCUAUAAUCUUUGUGGCAUGCAGCCUAACUCCUAUAUAUGUAUGCAUAUAUAUAUAUAUAUAUAUAUAUAUAUAUAUACACACACACACACACACACAUAUAUAUAUGUUAAUGGUCAGUGACCAUUACGGGAUAUCCCAUUUCCCAUUAAUGGCUUCAUUUUUGUUGCAUAUAAACCAGAUGAUUGCAUAUUGUUUUAAGAUCCUUGUGUCUGUGUUAUGAUGAAAUGGAUGAAUAAGGGUCCUCCAAUGUUGUUUGUAUGUGAUUUGGAAAUAGUAUAUAUUUGUCAGAUUUCUAAGAUCUCUGGAAAAAAAACUUCAUAAAAUAAUAUAUUUUUCGUUCCUUUUCAAUGUUUAAAGAACUGACAUUUUAUUUUUGCUUGUUUUUGUAUGGUGCCUUAGGCUUUAGCACCAGUUCAAUUAUGUAAAUAUAUGCUUUAUGCAUAUGGAAUACACAAUAGGAUUUUAAUCUAUACUAGCUUUAACCAUAUGUGUGUAAAUUGGCAGUUGUUGGGAAUGAGUUUAUCCUUUUGUUAGAAACAAAUUUGUUUUUUAUUUUAGUUAUUACAAAAAAUCUUAUUGGUGCUAGUGAUUAGCUCCUUUGUUUUAUACCCUGUUUAUGGGCAUAAAAUGAGGUUGUGUAGUGAUCUGGGUCUGUUGCUGUUACUUGUUAUAACUUUGGGGACAGCCAACAGUUUAUUUUUCUCAUGCCAGAAAUUAAAUUCAAAUUCAAUCAUUAUCAUAUACACAUAUAUAUUAAUGAAAAAAUUGAUGAGCAACAGAACAUGGAGCAAAGAUUUUUAGAGACUGGUAUUGUAGGCUAAAUUAUUUAAAAGUCAGAAAAAUUUCAGUUCAAACCCAGUUUCUGGCACCUAUUAGUUGAUGACUAUGGUUAAGUAGCUUAAUAAUAUCUUUAAACUUGUUUCCUUACCUGUAAAAUGGUGAUACUACUUGUGGUACUUCCUCAAACUGUUUUUUUUUUUUUUUUUGUGAGCCCUUAAAAUGAGAUAAUGUUCAUGAAUUAUUUCACAAAUUUUUAGUUACAUUUUAAAAUAUCAGUUAUUAUUAUUAUCCCAUGCAACUAUAUAAGCAUUUAGAAAACUUGUUACAGUGUAUUUUUUUUCAUUUUUUUCUAAUUUGAAGUAUUAGCACAUUUUUCAGAUGAUAAAAAAGUAAGUGCACUGUAUUUACAAUGUGAUAAUAAUUGAAAUAUUCUAUAACCUCUAAACAAAUGUUUGUAUAAUAGACACAGAAAAAUAUUUCACACUCCUAGCUGUUAUUUAUUAUACAAAUUACUAAAUAUAGAUGUAUAAUAAUAUUUCCAUUUCCUUACUUUGGGUACAUAUAAAGUAUGUGUGUAAUACUAUAUGAAAUAGUUUUUAUUAGGAAAUUCUGCUCAUUUUCAUUUUUGGUAGAAAUUAUUUUCAUCUCCAUUAUCACAGAAAAAGGGUUUGAUCAGAAAAUAUAAUUUUCUGACUUUUUCAAUAUCAUUUAAUUCUGCUAAGAUGUUGUACUUUUUCUGUGUCAGGAAAAGGUAGUCUUUUAAGACUGUUGGCAGUGAGUAUAUGAAUUCAUUUGUUUUUAAUUAGUUGUUAUGUUGCUCUUUUUUCCCCAUGCUUAUUCUUUUAGUUAGGAAGUUAGAUAAGCUUACUAAGUAGGGGGACCAUUAAGAAUCUCUCAGCAUAUGAUUGUAUAUUUGAAAGGUUUCCGUGUUUGAAACUAUUUUGGAUUAUCUGUAUUUUCAUUCUUCAUAUGCAACAUUUAUCUUAGUUCUAGGUUACUAAACAGAUGCUGUAGGUAGACUAGCCUAUCACUGUGCUGCUAUUAAUAAUAGACUGAAAUGGUCAUGUUUAUAUUUUUUAGAUGUUAAAAAUAAAUGUAAAGAGGUAUCUGAUAUCUUGUUUUAAACUAUAUUGCCCUAUUAAACACAAAUGUUUUGGGUGACAAUGGAGCAAUCACAAGUACUAAUAAUAAUGUGGAAUUUAAAUGUAUGAAGUGCUGUUUUGUGGAUAUUCCUAAUUUAAAAGGUCUCUUUAUAAUCACUGUUUUCUUAAAAGUUAUCAGAAUCAUUUUUUUGGACUAAAAUAAUGAUGUAUUUUAGAAUAGUACACUAACCCCAUAAUGUCAAAAAAUGGAUAUUAUUUGGAGAUGUAAGAGCUAGUAGAAUUGGUUAUAAAUAAUGGUAGUAAACAGGUGACUCUUCUACACAAAGCAAUAUUAAGUGUGUUUACUUGGUAUGUUUUUUCCCUGCUUAUUUUCUAUCCACAUGGUAAUUAAGUAAAGAACAAGGUUAAUUGAUUUUGACACGGUUGUAUAUCAUUUCUGGGUUUUUUGAGGUUUUUUUGUUUAAGACCUUUAGUCUCUCCACCUAUAACUGGAUGUGUAUCACAGGGAAUCUGUAGUCAGAAAAUCCAGUGGACUGCCCUUUCCAAAAUACACUGAAGAAGAGAAAAUGAGAAAAAUAAACCCUGAUUUAGAAGCUUUUCAAAUAUUGUUGUGGCAGUUCUCUUUCAGUUUUUAGAAAGCUACAUGAUGUCAUCAUGAAAUGGUAUAUCUAAUGAAUGUUGAAAUCACGUGCCCAGAAACAUCAAGAAUUUUGUUUACAGAUUAUUGUGAGAAUUUGGUUUAAUCCCAUUUCUAAUUUGGGGGGGGGGGAAAAAAACAACUUUUCACUAAAUUUACACAUUCACUUUAUUUGCCUGCUUUUCUUCUGCAAAAUAUAUUUAUUAGUUGUAAUAAAUAUAAAUAAUGCCCAUUAAUUUUAUCUCUUUUAUACUUUUUGGGUUAGAAAUACUGAUUGUCCUUGACACUUUUUAAGUUUAAUUAAAGGAGACAGUAUGGUAAAGUGGAAAGAUCACUAGGUGUGCCGAUUUGCUUUAGUCAGUUUUGGAGGUGAGAGGGUAUGUGAGGGGGUUCUGUUUUAGUGAGGUAGUGCUAAGAAAUUAUUCAUGGUGUUUAAAAAAUUUAUCAAAACUUUUUUUUUCAAAGUAUUAAACUGAGAGUUAAGGAAGAACUUAACUUUUGCUUUGGCUCAUUUCAUCCAAGAAAUGAUUAUGGAGCACCUUCUUUGUGCUGUAUGUUGUAUUAGGAACUGUUCUAAAAGACUGCUUUUUCCCUCAAGGAAGAUAAAAUCUAUUGGAGGAGAUAAGACCUGUUUGUAUUUAUGUUCAAUAUCAGGAAAAAUGUUGCAAUGAUGUGAGAGAGAUUUAAAGUUCAAAAAUUGGCAAGAUUCUCUUGAGCUAAAAUGAUCAUAGAGGAAUGCUUAGAGAAGAUGGUAUUUGAGCUGGAACUUGAAGGAUGGGUAUAGUAUUAGCUGAUGAUAAUGGAAAGAAAAGGAGAUAUGAAGGACGUAAUAAGAAAUGAUAGGGCAAGGCAAGUCAUGUUCAAGAAAUGAGAAAUAAUACAUUUUGGUUGGAUUGUAGAAUAAUGAAUAGGAUAAUAAUGAGAGAGAAGUAGACGGGGGUCAGAUUAUAGAGUACCUUAAAUACCAUACAGAUAAUUGCAUAUACUCACUAGGCAGUGGGGAGUUAUGAAUAGUUUUUGAUCUUAGGAAUGAAUAAUUAACAAAAUAUUAAUACUACUUUAUUAUUUAUUUAGCAUUGGCCCAUUGGAAGAUAAAGACUCAAGGACAUCAGUUAGGAGGUUGUUGCAGUAAUAUAAGUUGGUAAUAUCAAGAUAUUACAAAUAGGGUGUUGGGAUAAAAAGGAAGAAGUCACAUCUCUGGACUGACCAAUAAACCUUGAAGGAAUAUUCUAGUUCUAAAAUUCUGCAAAAUACAAUUACCAGUUAAAUCUAAAAUCAACAUUUAGUAAGCACCUUUUCUGUGGGUAGAACUCUAUAGUCAGUGCUAGAGAUAUGGCAGAUAAAUAUAAUAUGCAAUAUUACAUGAUAAGAAUCUGCAGUUGGAAAACAUGUCUUAUAAGGACUGAGGAAGAGAAAAUUUUACAUACUUGGACUAUGAAACCAGAGUAUUUUUUAGAACAGUAUAAUAUAAAUUAGAAAUUGAAAUGGAGCACAACAAAAUAUUUCAAGAAACUACCGUCACUUUCCUUUGAAAUAACUUUUUAAAAUGAUCUUUCCUCAAAUUUCAUUCGGCUAUAGGCAAAAUAACCAAAGAAAAAAGCUUAUUGAAUUGCCUGGUUGUGCAGGAAAAUAAAUUUCCAUAAAUUAGACAAUUUACAUAAACACUUUUUGUGAUGGUCUGAUAGUACUGGAUUUACCAAAAAUUUAUCAGAGGGCUAUUAUCCAUUUGCCAGUAUGUAUAAUACUUUUUUCUCCAUACUUAUAGAAUUUUAUCAAAAGGACUGUGCUUCCUUCCCCCUUGAUUGCUAAUAUACACAUUUUUCUCCAAUCUUCUGUUCUUCCAGAUGUUGUAAAGAUGGGGCAGCUAGGUGGCACAGUGAAUAGGGCACCAGCCCUGAAGUCAGGAGGACCUGAGUUCAAAACUGGUCUCAGACACUUAACACUUCCUAGCUGUGUGACCCUGGGCAAGUCACUUAACUCCAAUUGCCUCAGGGGAAAAAUAUGUGGUAAAGAUGAUUUUGAUUACUGAUUUUUUCUUUUAAAAAAGUUCUAUUUAUUUUUCUUUAUUAACAUCCAACACUGUCAGUUCACCACAGACUAUAAUAAGUGGAAUGACACUUUGGCUUAAGGAUUCAGGUGUGUUAAAUGGUCAGUAUCACAAUCCGUAUUUGCAACAAAUAUUGUUUCAACACAAUAUCAGUGCUUGUUAAGCUAUUUGUUGCCCAGAAACAUAGGAAAAUAACACUUCUUAUUGAUGGAACAAACUAACCAGAGGACAAAGACAUAUAUUCAUCCAAAAUCAAAUCAAAACAAAACAAAACAAAAAAGAGUGAAUACAAAUUUAAUUGCAUUGAACUGCUAUCCCAAUAUCAUGGAAUAGUGCCAUAUUUCUUUCAACAAGCUAAGGAGUUAGCUUUUCAAGGCUCAUAAAAUUUUCUUUACAAAGGACACUUAAUAAUUGUGAAAAUUAUGUUAAAAUUUUUGUAUUUUAGUAAUUCUGAUAUUCAUUUAUGAUAAAUAUUUUUCCAUGGACCAACCAAGUUAUUUGAGAAAGCUUGUACUUGGUUAUUCAUGAUCAAAGAUGACAGUAAUAGGUAAAAUUUCUUACAGAAAAGCAUUGCUUUUGUGGAAAUGUUUUUACAACUCGUCUCUUGAUUUCCUUUUUGUGGUUACUUUUUUAUUUAUCCAAUGAUAUGAAAACAGUAUUUUUGCACACUUGUGAUAUGCAUAAAUGAUCUCUGAUAGAAUUGCCAACUAUAUGCCCUAGCUUUUGUGGUAUUUUACAAUGUGUUUUCUCUGCUGUUGUGCACAUAUAUUUGUCUAAAUGUGAAACAUUGUGAUUUUUGUAGAUUUGGCAGGCUAGCAUGUCAACUAUAAUGUAAUUAGCUUGUGUUAUAAAUGGUGAUAGCAGUUUUCAUAUCAUGUAAAAUACAGAUAAUAAACCUGCUAAUUCCUCCUAUCACUUUCUAAGUCAGAAAAUUUAAUCAUGAAAACUAUUAGUAACAACUCUGCCUUAGCAGGAACAGAUUGUGUAUGUUUUGUGUGAACUUGUAUAGUAAUAAAGUCAAAAUUAUGAUUAAUGUUA